AUGAUAGUAUUAGUUGUCUUCCUGCUAAUACUACUUUCUCAUAUUGCAUCUGAGGACCACUAUGUUAAAUAUAGUGUCCAUGCUCCACACCCUCCACUUCAAAAAUAUCAUCAGUCAGGUAACAUCGUAAUUGGUGGGAUUGUUUCUCUCAGUUUCAUCAGUGUUAAUUCAGUAACCUUCACAACAGAACCUCCAGCACCUUCAUUUGAAGAUCUUUUUCUUGUGCCUAAAAAUUACCAGCACAUCCUGGCCUUGGCAUUUGCAGUAUGGGAGAUAAAUGAAAACCCUCAGCUAUUACCAAAUGUCACCUUGGGUGUCUACAUCCAUGAUAGCUAUUUCAAUGCGCAGAGGACCUAUCAUGCUACUAUGCUACUUACAUCCACAUUGGAGAUAUUUGUCCCUAACUAUUUAUGUGACACCCAUAAUCAUUUGGUAACAGUCAUUGGAGGACUAGAUUCGGAUAUUUCUCUCUUUGUGGCCACUGUAUUGGAUACCUACAAAAUUCCACAGGCACAACCUUUUUCUGUAUGCACUGAGAGUUGUUAUCCUGGUUAUAGCAAGAAAGUGAAGGAGGGGGAGCCAUUUUGCUGCUAUGAUUGCAUCCCAUGUCCUGAAAUGAAGAUUUCAGCUCAAAAGGAUAUGCAUGACUGUUAUGACUGCAUGGACACAACCUAUCCAAACAUGGAGCAUGAUUUUUGCAUACCCAAAGCCAGGACAUUCUUAUCUUAUAAAGAACCUCUGGGGAUCAGCUUAAGCCUCUUUGCACUUUCCUUAGCAGUAAUAACAGCUCUGGUGCUGGGAAUAAUUCUGAAGAACCACAACACUCCCAUUGUCAAAGCCAACAACCAGAACCUCACAUACAUUCUCCUGAUUUCCCUUCUGCUUUGCUUCACUUCUGCAUUGCUUUUCAUUGGCCAUCCUGAACCGGUGACAUGUCUUCUGCGACAAACUGCUUUCAGCAUCAUCUUCUCAGUGGCUGUUUCUUCUGUGCUGGCAAAAACUAUCAUGGUGGUUCUGGCAUUUAUGGCCACAAAGCCAGGAAGCAGGAUGAGAAAAUGGGUGGGGGAAAGCCUGGGCAACUCCAUUGUUGCAUCCUCUUCCUUUGUGCAAGCCGGCAUUUGCAGUGUGUGGCUGGCAACCUCUGCCCCAUUCCCAGAUGUGGACAUGCACUCAGUGACUACAGAAAUUAUAUUAGAAUGUAAUGAGGGAUCUGUCAUUUUAUUUUCUUGUGUCUUGAGCUAUCUUGGCUUCUUGGCUAUUGCCAGUUUUGUUGUGGCUUUCUUUGCUAGGAAGUUACCGGACAGUUUCAAUGAAGCCAAGUUCAUCACUUUCAGCAUGUUGGUCUUCUGCAGUGUGUGGCUAUCCUUCAUUCCAGCUUAUCUGAGCUCCAAGGGCAAAUACAUGGUGGCUGUGGAGGUCUUUUCUAUUUUAGCUUCCAGUGCUGGGUUGCUGGGUUGCAUCUUUGCACCCAAAUGUUAUAUCAUUUUGUUGAGGCCUGAGCUGAAUAACAGGGGACAGCUAGUAAGAAGAUAA